CAAACCAGUUUAUAGUAAAUUAAUGCGAUGUAUAAAAUCGAGAGCUUUUGUUGAGGCCGUGUUAAUUUUGCAAGUGCUUUAGACUAGUUAGCAUCAUAAUGAUUACAAGGGUAUUGGCCGUUUUGGCCAUCACGGCGGUGGCUCAUUGUCAAGAGCACCAUUCACACUCAUAUUCCACCGUCAUCACACACGAAGCGCCAAAGAAGAUCGAACACCACAUUCCAUCGUAUACCACCUACGAAAUACCUUCCCACCACGAAUCUAUUUCGUCACUCUCAUCUCUCUCGUCACUCUCAUCAUCAUCUGUUUCAUCAAAAGGACAAGUUCCUAAUUACGUCCUUCCUACUCCCGAAGAAGUUGAAAAACUGCCACCUCCAGUAGUCCGCACCCACAUACCUUCCGAGCCAGCUCCCGUUCACCAAAACCAAGAACCUCCGGUUCCUGUUCAACAUUACUUUACACCUUCCAACUUCCAAGCCAAACCUGUUCAGCCAGUGCUUCAACCCAUUCCUGUACUUCAGCAAACAGUAUCCGUGCAUCACCAAGCUCCUGUAGAACAAUCGGUUUCUCUGCACUACCAACCCGCCCCAGCAAUCCAAACAGUAUCCCUGCACCAUCAACCUACGAUUCAAUAUGAGUCUGCUCCAUUACAUUAUGAAUCUCCUUUGCAUCAUUUCUCUGCACCUCUGCAUCAUGAGAUUGCUUCAGUUCAACAUGAAGUGCACCAACCUCAACAUGAAGAGAACCAUGAAGAUUAUUACGCGUACCCUAAGUACGAGUUCGAGUACAAGGUGGAGGACCCGCACACCGGCGACAAGAAGUCCCAGCACGAGUCCCGCGACGGCGACGUCGUGAAGGGCUACUACAGCCUGCACGAGGCCGAUGGUUCUGUUCGUACUGUCGAGUAUUCAGCUGACAAGCACAACGGAUUCAACGCCAAUGUGAAGAAUGACCAUCACCAUCCCUAA